AUGGCGCCGCAGCUGACCGGCGCGCCCGGCUCGGCGGCGGCGGCGGGCGGCGCCGCGGCCGUCAAGCCGCAGUUCCACCACUACCACCACCACCGCCUGCCCCCGCGCCACCACCACCCGCCCUCGCUCCUCUCCAAGCUCGCCUUCUGGUCCGUCUGCUCCCUCUCGCUGCUCCUCGCCUUCCUCCUCCUCGCCCCCUCCUCCGCCCCCGCCCCGCGCGCCUCCCCCGACUCGCCGCGCCGCUCCCUCCACGCCCACCCCGACUCCGCCGCCACCUGGGGCGGCGCCGCCUGGGAGAAGAAGGUGCGGGCCUCCGCGCGCGUCAGGCGCCCCGGCGGCCGCGGGGGGCUCUCCGUCCUCGUCACCGGCGCCGCGGGCUUCGUCGGCUGCCACGCCGCCGCCGCGCUGCGCCGCCGCGGCGACGGCGUCCUCGGCCUCGACAACUUCAACGACUACUACGACCCCGCCCUCAAGCGCGGCCGGGCCGCGCUGCUCGCGCGCUCGGGGGUCUACGUCGUUGACGGGGACAUCGCCGACGCCGAGCUCCUCGCCAAGCUGUUCGACGUCGCGCCCUUCACGCACGUCCUGCACCUCGCGGCGCAGGCAGGCGUGCGCCACGCGCUCGUUGACCCCAUGUCGUAUGUGCGGGCGAACGUUGCUGGGCUCGUUGCGCUGCUUGAGGCGGCUCGCGCGGCCGACCCGCAGCCGGCGAUCGUCUGGGCAUCCUCGUCUUCAGUCUACGGGCUCAACUCCCAUGUGCCUUUCUCCGAGCAUGACAGGACGGACCGACCCGCGUCUCUCUAUGCGGCCACCAAGAAGGCUGGUGAGGAGAUCGCUCAUGUCUACAACCACAUCUAUGGCCUCUCGCUCACCGCCCUCCGGUUUUUUACCGUAUAUGGGCCGUGGGGGCGCCCCGACAUGGCAUACUUCUUCUUCACCCGGGACAUUCUUGCUGGUCGGCCAAUCACGGUUUACGAGAGUUCCGGUGGAGGCACACACCAGACCACCAUUUCCCGGGAUUUCACCUACAUUGAUGAUAUUGUGAAAGGAUGUAUUGGGGCUUUGGAUACAGCUGGGCGGAGCACAGGCAGCGGCGGCAAAAAGCGAGGGCCAGCGCCAUUCAGGACAUACAAUUUGGGGAACACUUCUCCAGUGCCGGUGACACAGCUUGUGGAUUUACUGGAGAAGAUGCUCAAGGUGAAGGCCGUGAGGAGGGUUGUCAAGAUGCCAAGGAACGGGGAUGUGCCGUACACGCAUGCUAACAUCAGCCUUGCACAGCGGGAGCUUGGGUAUCGGCCAUCCACUGAUCUCCAAACAGGGCUCAAGAAGUUUGUGCGCUGGUAUCUUGAGUACUACAAUCCUGAGUUGGCUGUGAAGCAGAAGCAGCAUGGCAGUAGCAAUGGCAAGGGUUCACGCGGUCGGAAUGGCAGCACGAGCAGUGCAAGAUGA